CGCCGCGGCCCCCGUGAAGCGGCCCCGAGAGGAGCGGCUGCGCUUCUCCAAACUGACAACCAACGCCCACACCCCGACCCGGGGCUCGGCCCGCGCCGCCGGACACGAUCUGUACAGUGCCUAUGACUACAUCAUCCCACCUCAAGAUAAAGCCAUUGUGAAGACUGACAUCCAGAUUGCACUCCCUCCUGGCUGCUACGGCAGAGUGGCACCAAGAUCGGGUUUGGCAUCAAAAUACUUCAUUGACGUUGGAGCUGGUGUUAUUGAUGAAGAUUACAGAGGAAAUGUUGGUGUGGUUCUCUUCAACUUCAGCAAAGAAACCUUUGAAGUUAAAAAAGGUGAUCGAAUCGCUCAACUGAUCUGUGAGCGUAUCUACUACCCGGAACUUGAAGAGUUAAAGAACCUGGAUGAGACGAAUCGCGGUGCCGGUGGUUUUGGGUCGACUGGAUCAAACUGAACGCAAUGUUGUUACAAUCCUUCCUAGUUUACAGCAGCAUUACAAUGGGUUUAGUUGCCAAGUCCUCAGUGAAUAUAUCAUUCAUUAUCGUUCCAGGCACCAUAGUGACUGUGUCCUGUGGUGUGUAGUGACUGGUGUAUAGCAGAUGGUAUUAUGUGCUGGAAUAUUCACACAUUGUUUGUGUUUUUCUAAAAUGUUAGUUCACUGAAAUAAAUGCUUUUUCACUUUU